CAAGCUCUCUUACACCUUCAUGUAGUCGUCGUCGUCAAGUAGUCGUCGAGGGUGACGAAGGGUGAGGGUGACGUCAAGGGUCACCUUCAUCAUAGUCGUCGUCUUCGUCACCCUCGGCGAACUCUUCCACUCUGCCGCAGUGAGGCUUCGGAACGGAGGGGUCUGUUGCUGCGAUGAAGAUGGAGGGAGGGGCUGAAUCCAAUGCGGAGGAAACCGCCCUGAUUCUCAUUCCCAAAGGGAAGCACUGCUCUUGAAUUUCCUUCACUCAAGCAGUGUCUUUUUUUUUUUUUUUUUUUUUUUUGGUCCUGCCGUGACUACGUCGUCGAAUGGCCGGGGUGGUAUGUCCGGUGUGGUCUUCGACUUCGCUUUGGCGCACUGUCGUUCUGGAAAAUGUCAGUUCAAGGAGUUCAGCAGGUGUGUGUGAGAGAGAGAGAGAUUGUGGUGAUGAUCAUCUGCUUAUUGGAUUUACGAUGAUGGGUUUUCCUAUGCUUGCCUUUCUGCUUUUGAUUGAAGAGUUUGGAGGUGUGGGUUCUGGGGCAGGCGUUGUAGGUGUGUCGGCUGGUGGAUGGGUAAAUCGCAGAAGGGGAAGCUGCCGACCUUUGGUUUACACAGCGUCUUCGUCGCGGCACUUAGUUACGUGCCAUGCUUCAGAUAAAAAUAGAAAAUUCCAGCUCCCGCCGACGGAGCUUAUGACAGAGCUUCUGAAAUCUAGCAACCCACGAGCAACAGCUUCCAAGUUUUCGGAUUCUCUCACCGAAGAGUUCUUUCGGGCGGCUUCAACUUACCUUGAAACGGCCAAGAAAUCAGGCAAUGCGGGCGUUGUGGAAAAAAUGGAACGUGUGUUAGAGAUAGCCAUGUAUGAGAGGGGCAAAACGCUCAGGCCAGAAGUGCUACUCAUGAAUUCGUUAAUGACCGAAAGGGACAUGAAUAAACGGUUCGAACUUAUCGCCAGCCAUCGGAAGUACAUUAUGGAUCCCGACAGUUACUUCUUUGCAUUAAUGGAGCGGAUGACUACGGAUGCAGAGGGACUUCCAGAUGGGUCCCGGAAAGAGCAGCUUCUGGGACACAUUCGAACUGUGAUCAACGAAACCAAAGAGGCUGGCAAGGUACUGAGGAAAGUAGCAGCGGAGGAAGCAGAUAAUGACGAUGACAGUGACGAUGAUUAGAAUUUUGAAGAUAGCUCACAGAAGUCCGAAACUCCUAUCUUGCUUGCAGAGUAUGGUGAGAUGGUAUCUGGCUGCGAAGCUCCAGAUGCCACCGUCUCUUCUGUGAACCCGUAGCCUUCGAGAGGAUAGUUUCGUCCCUUCGUAGUUCAUGACAUUCAAGGUUACAUCUAGCGGACCGAACAGGUAAUGCCCCAAAUUCACCCUCCAAUACAGCACUUGUAUAAACGAUGUUUAGACUGCUGUGUACUUGAAGUUGAGCAUGCUUGAGGUGAAGAGGAGGCUUGCGGAAAAGAAAAGUUGAUUCCUUUUUGGCUUCAUGGUUCAGAACUUGCUUGGAAACUAGAUGUGUUCUUUUCAAGCUAGUCCAGGAGAUGUGCUGAACCUUGCUCUUGGUGCGUAUGAGAAUUAUUAAUGGUUCAUCAAGAUAUAUUCUAAGCUUUCUAAAUUA